AUGGGGUUGAAGAAAUGUGGCGUUGUUCGGGGUUUGUCGGUUGUUUUCUUCUUGUUCUUGUUUUCCAUUACAAAAGGAGUUCGAGUUGGCAGAUCUAAAGUCUUCAAUGUUGUUCGUUAUGGAGCUAUCCCGGACGGAACAACGGAUAACUCCGAGGCAUUUUUAGAAGCAUGGAAGGAUGCGUGUGAAUGGAAGGGGAGGGGAAGGGUAUAUGUCCCAAAAGGUACAUUCAAGUUGAGAAGUGUGCUGUUUUUGGGGCCAUGUGAAGGGCAAAUGGCCUUUGUGAUUAAGGGCAUUUUAAAGGCUCCGACCGACAUGUCUUUUCUCGCGUCCGACAGUUGGAUGAACUUUCGAUAUGUCGAUCAGUUGACUGUCAGUGGAGGUGGUUCAUUGGAUGGUGAAGGAUCUGUGGCUUGGCCACGAAACGAGUGCAAGAAAAACCCUAAUUGCCAAUCUCUUCCUACGACGAUGAGAUUCGAUUUUAUAACGAACUCGAAAGUUCAUCACGUGCACUCGACCAAUAGCAAGAACAAUCAUUUCUUGCUCUUUGGAUGUAGCAAGAUGAACAUUACGAAGAUUCGUAUUUCUGCUCCUAGUGAGAGUCCUAACACGGAUGGGAUUAAGAUUGGAAAUUCUAAUAAUAUUGAUAUUACAAACUCUAUUAUUGGUACCGGUGAUGAUUGCAUUUCAAUACUCUCCGGAAGCAAUGAUAUCUAUGUUUCGAACGUCGUUUGUGGCCCAGGACAUGGUAUUAGCAUUGGAAGCUUGGGAAAGUAUGACAAAGAGGAUGUUUCGGGGAUCACAAUGAGGAAUUGCACUUUUAAGAACACGACUGAUGGUGUGAGAAUCAAGACAUGGGCUACAUCUUCAAAUGUAAAUGCUUAUAACAUACACUACGAAGAUAUUUUCAUGAAUGAGGUUGGAAACCCCAUCAUUAUUGAUCAACAAUAUUGCCCUGUUCCUCCAUGCGACCAACGGAUGUCAUCAGGGGUGCAAAUAAGCAACGUGACGUUCAAAAACAUAUGGGGAAGUAGCAAAUCAGCCUCAGCAGUGACAUUGAGAUGCAGUAAAACCAGGCCAUGCAAGGACAUAGUGCUUGAGGACAUCUAUCUCAAAAGCUCUCCAAAAGUAGGGCAAAUUUUUUCUUCUUGCUCUAAUGUUUAUGGCUUCUCUUAUGGCUAUCAAAGCCCUCGUCCUUGCUUGUAACUCCCUACAUAAUUUACCGACUUUUG